GCGCGCAGCGACGUGUCAGCGCCCGGCAGCAGCAGCAAGAUGUGGCGCAUGCAUGGCUUCACUCCGGUCGACGCCGGCCCCGAGUCAGGCAUGGAGUUUGACCUGCAGGGGGAUCCCUCCCCUUCUCGAAGAACAUCGCUCGACAGCUGCGCCACGCCGUUCAAGCCCGUGGCCUGGGCAGCUGGCAAGAAGGAGGAGGGGGCUCCCAGGAAGCUCAAGCACUGCAACGUCGCCAAGGACCACAUCUGCCACAACUGCGAGGCAGAACGCUACCAUGAGCUCUACGAGUGCGAGUACUGCAAGAAGGAGUUCUGCUAUCAAUGUACUGUCUACGACGACUUGUUUACACUGUUGGGAAUGUGGAGAAGAGCGUGCCGGCCGCGGCCGAGGCAGCUCCCGGGUACUCGCAAAGGACUCCUGGUCGAGAGCGGCGCGAUCGACAACCUCACCAGCAAGCAGUUCGUGGAACGCCAGAGCGUCAUCGCCAAGACGGCAGGCUACGAGACGCACUUCGAGCCUAUGGUGCACCCCGUCGUGGUCAACGGCGUGGGGAAGGGUAGCCAGCAGGCUACGCACCAGGCAGUUGUGCCGAUCCAACUCAAUGAUGAAUCCGCUGAGUUUCGAGCCCCUUGUCUGAUGGGCGACGGCGCUGGCGUUCCGGCCCUGUGGGGCCUACGAUCGCAGAAGCAGUCGCGCGCCAUCAUCGACACCGGCGGCAACGCGGUCAUCGUCCCUGGCCCUGGAGGCUUCUCGAUGACUCUCAGCCCCGGCAGCAAGGUGAUACGGUGCGAGAACGUGAUCUCGGGGCACAUUAUGAUUCCCGUGUCAGACUUCCAGGAGCAGGACAAGGAGAUGAUCGAGUCCUCUACGAAGUGGGUCCUCUACGGGGCGCGCUGUCAGCUGGACAGUAGCGGCGCUGCGUACCACUUCGAGACCGUCUUCGGCAGCUACCCCUUCUACUGCACCGUCGAGCACGUCGACUGUUCCUACGAGUGCUUCACCGCGAGGUCACCAGUCGACCUGACGACGAAGUGGAACCUCUUGUGGCGGACUCACCAACUUGUGCUACUCCGACAAGUUCGAGAGGAGCCAGCUCAGGUCUUGUGGCUAGACCCUCAGGGCGCGGCCACAGGCACCAGCAGCGCCAAGGGCCGCGAGCUGGCCAGGUACGUCACCGAGCUCGUCCGCGGUCAGCUGCACAAGGACCUUCACGUCGUCAUCGACACGACCGCUGGCAGCCACUUCUGGAAGCAAGCAGAGCUUCAACCACUGCUUGCACACGAGCGACUCAAGCAUUGGAAGUAUUCCUGGUGCGGUUUGGGAGCUGUCGACCCUGUGAUGGGCCGACCUUGGCAUCGAGUUCGACGAGUUUUAACCGCCAUUGACUUGCCGCGCCUCUGUCGUGGCUGGCCUGCUGGCAGCUACCGGGCACAAUGUUGCCAACUAGCGAAUCUACACCAAGCCACGAGGAAGCGCUUUCAGUCUUCCAACGCCCUGGACCGCAACAAGGCAUCCAGGGAGUACCCCGAGCAGGUGAUCAUGGCAGCUCACUUCGACCUGCUGAAGUUUCUGCAACUAAGGAGUAAAGAGAGCGAGAAGUACAACCAUAGUGCGGAGGUGGUCACAAAAACCAAGAAGCGGGCUAAACCGACGCUCGUACUACCAGACGAGUGUUCGGGAGACUGCGGCGACGACUUCACCCCGCUCCUGAUGAAGGACAAGCGCGGCGAGUUCUCUCAGGAGUGGCGCGCCGAGCGCGUCGCGGUCGUCGCCAGCUUCGCCGUCAUGUGCGCCACCCAGGCCGACGAGCUCUAUUGCAUUGACGACGAGAUCGACGACCCGGCGGACACCAAGUGCUACUACGAGGACAGCUUCCACGACCUCGAGCACUACCUCGCCGAGUCGACCAUCGACAUUAUGGAGAUCUACGGCGGCGAGGCGGGCACGACCAGGUUGGCUGCGCAAGUUGCUGAGCAUCAGGCUUUCCAUGGUUCUAUUUUCGUCGUGGAGAACCCGUUUGCGAGCGAGAUGUGGAAGCUACCAUACUGGGAGGCACUGCUUGGGCGAGAUGACGUCUACAGCAUCAAGAUCCAGAUGCAUGCAGCUGGGCUUCGCGACCCUUUCGACGAACACAGAGUACGGCUCAUCCGGAAGGAUGCGCUCAUUGUCGCGAACCAGCCAGAGAUCAUUCGACCUCUUCGGAUACUACGCUGCCCUGGAGUUUCGCCACGGCAUGUUCCUCAGAUCAACGAGAACGGCCGCUCGUCUUACACCCAGGUCUGGCCGAAGCGAUUCUGCCAGCUGCUCGCCAGAGGCAUCAAGUGCGCCUUGGAUAUGCAGUCAGUCAAGGCCAAUCGCUGGGAUCCUCGCCACACCUUCAAGGACGACGAGUGCAGGUGGAGUACCAAACAGAUCGAGGAACGCGAGAAGGCAGCUCCACGAGCAUCCGCUGGCGAUAUUACCGAGCCGAAGAGCAGCGAGAAGGCAGAGCCGCCUCCGCGGACUCCCGCCCCUGGCAGGGGUUCACCUGGAGACCCUACGAAGGAGGGCGACGAGCCGGAGCUGGAUCCGGCCGAGGCUCGAGCAGCCAGCGAUGCUCGCAUCCGCGAGGCCACCGACGCCUGGGACGAGCCGGACUGGUCACGGUUCGACUUGGGGCGGUCGCUGCAGGUCUUGCGCAAUGGCAACGACGCCCAGGUCAAGCGCGUCAUUCAGCGCCUACAUGUACGACACUACCACCAGUCGGCGGACCAGCUGAUCGAGCUGCUGGAGGACAUGUGGAUCGCGAUCUUUGGGCCCCCGCGUGUUCUCAUCAUCGACCAAGAGGGAGCUUUCGCGCACGACGCCGGUAUGGCUAUGUGCGAACGUCACGCCAUCCACAGGAAGCUCAGGGCCGUGGACCAACACGGCCAGAUGGUCGAGAGACAUCUUGAACUUCUUCGGGGAGUCUGCCAUCGCCUGAAGGAGCAGUGCGACCGCGAGGGCAUCAUCAUCAAGCCCGAGCAGAUCGUACGCGAAUCAUGCUAUGCGAAGAACGCUCUGAUGACUAUUGGCAGGACCGCACCGUGCGAGGCUGUUCUGGGCGAGACGCCCAAUCUGCUCCAGGAUUUCGAGACUCCCACGACGACCCAGCAGGAAGAUCAACAGCAUCUUCAUCGAUCGCGUGCGCGCGAGCUUGCUCUCUCCAGCAUGAUCGAGAAGACGGCGACCGAGCGCCUCAUCAUAUCCGAGCGCUCCCGCACGCGUCCUGCUGGUCAGAAGUUUCAGUACAAGACGGGCGACCUCGUGGGCAUCUUCCAGACACCGCCCAACAAGGACCUCGACGGCUGGAGAGGCCCGGCGAAGAUCGUGGACGCCACGGAGGAGACGCUCAACGACGGCAUCGUCCACGUGCGCUGGGGCGGCCGCGUGCUCAUCUGCAGGCUCCAGGACGUGAGGCGGCACACCACGUUCUGGUCGAGCUUCUUCCUGCCGUUCCCAGACGAGUGGGCCCCGCUGCGUGAGUUCGUCAGCGAACUCGGCCGUCGCAUGAUCGUCAUCGGCUGGGUCUACGCAGCGCAGGGCUGGAUCAUAUCUCAGGGAGCUCGACUUCAUCCUGGGAUAUUUGCUCGAGGCCUCAUGAUCGCCAACAUGCACAUGGAUCUCGCUAACUGCGUGGGCAUCCGAGUGGGCUACGGCAUUCACACCAUUCCGGAGAUGGGCGCCGUCUCCUUCGCGCCCUUCGUCUACUGGUGCACUGGCCAGGGCGGCUACAGCUACCUGGAGUGGCAAGAGACACGCCGUCUUGACUCCACGCAGGUGUUCGGCGGGCGUUGGCACGACACCUACUGGGUGCAGUUCCUCACCUUAGCGGACACGGACGCGAGAGUCAUACAGCGUGAGGGACGAGAGCGUGCAUCACCAGACAUCGAUAUGGACAGGGCCAUGGGCAGCUUGGACGACGACUCCGACGAGGACAUGGUCCCGGCAGUUCAGGUUCCUGGCGAUGAUGACCAAGCUGAGCUCGAGACCAUCCUGUAUGACGAAGACGGCGGCCGCCUCGACAAGGUCUCGGAGGACGACGACGAGGAAGUGCGUGACGAGAACCUCUACGUCAAUGCUUGGUGGGCUGCGGUCAGCCGUCGUUGCAGCAGACAAAUCAUCGAGACGAAGGACUUCUUCAACGUGAGCGAAGCACUGUCUAGAGUUCCUCAGCCGAACGUCACCGGCAGCGAGCCUCCAGAGAUCGAGUUCGAAGACUUCCUAGUUCAUUGGAUGGAGUGCGGCCACUUCGUCACCCACGUGGGCGACUGGCGAGACGGACGUCUCGUAGCACGAUGGGAUUCUUCCAGGCCGAGCUGGUGCUUCCUCAUCGAGAGGGAGAUGCGCAACCUCACGAAGGAGGAGGAGCGCAUCCACCACAAGGACGUGAUCUCGGCCAAGGACGUCGCGACAGGACGUUGGGUGCUGCGGUGGAAGAACAUCGACGGCGCGAAGGCUGUCAAAGCGCGCCUGGUCAUUAGAGGCUUCAUGGACCAGCAGCAGGGCGGCCUUGACGCAGCCAGCUUCACCGCAAGACGCACCUCGCAGCGCCUCGUCCUCAGUGUUGGAGUGCAGUAUGGCUGGGAUAUCUUCAGCUGGGACAUCGGCAAUGCGUUCCUACGAGGGCUCAGCUUCACAGAGAUCAAUGAGCGGGGUGCGGAGGUCAUGCGAGAAGCGUGCCUGGAUCCACCGGCAGACGUCUUCUCCAUCUUGUUGCAGUUCGCAGCGUUCAAGGGUGCCAGCAAGAUGACGCACCUGCUCAAGCUUCUCAAGGGCGCCUACGGUCUGAAGGACGCUCCGAGGUUAUGGGAGCUACGCUUGGAUCAGUACCUGGCCUCAGUCGGAAGGCAGCAGUCCUCUCUUGAUGGAUGCAUCUGGAUGUGGUUCAAGGAUGGGGAUCUUCACGGGCUGCUGUCUACGCACGUUGAUGACCUGGAGGGAGCCGGUACCCCCGAAUGGCGUGCAUGGUUGUUCGGACAGCUGAAGUCCAAGUUCGGCAAGAUCACCGUGCAAGAGCGGGAGUUCGAGCACUGCGGCAUCCAACACAAGCAGUUCGACGACGGCAGCAUCACUAUCACACAGGACCACUACGUCAAAGAGCUCAAGCCGAUCUCGCUCACAGCAGAUCAGAGACAUGACAUCGCGGUCUACGUGGGAGCACUUCAGCGUCACCAGAAGGCCCCCACAAUCAUGGACGUGAUCAACUUGAACCGCGUGCUGAAGUGGGUUAAGCGCAAGCCCUGCGUGAUCCGCUUCGAGAAGCUGGUGCCGCCGUUGCGUGUGCUAGUCAUCAGCGACUCAGCCUUCAAGCGAGAGAACGGCGAAUCCAUGGCGUGCCGUGGGCAUGUGUUUGCUCUGGCUGAGAAGCAGGGCGACAACCCCGGCGGCAGAGCUCAUUGGCUAGAGGCUGUCUCCAAGCGACAUCGUCGAGUAACGCGAUCGACCGUCGCAGCGGAGGUCAAUGGCCUUGCCGACGCCAUCGAGCCUGGCAAGGUGAUUGCGAUGCCGUACAGUGAAGUGAUCAACGGCACCACCACUGCGCACGAGCUGGCGAGUGACGCAUCUCAGGGCAACUGGCCAGUACGUAUGGAAGCAGUAAUUGAUGCGGACUCAAUCUUCAAGUCCGUGACAUCACAGGACGUCAAGUUGCCGCUUGAGGAGUCGCUCAUCAGCAUUGUGGUGGCCGUGUGA